AUGCUGAGAACCCUCGCUGCGCAAGGAGCAAGCGAGCAAGGCAGGAAGAGGAAGGAGCAAGGAGAGGCCAGGGAUGGCGAGGGAGAGCUAUCGCAUCUCAUCCCUGAUCCGAAGGAGCUUCAGGAUGGGGUGAAGAGAAGGUCAACAAGGGCCAAGAAGGCUGUUGGUGGGAUUCAAGUCCAGGAACACAGUGGCCAACAAUCUUCAAAGGAUCGGUACCCGCGAUGCGAACAUGGUAAGAAUAAGAGAAGAUGCAAGGCCUGCGGGACUGGAGCUUGCUUACAUGGCAUUCAGCGGUAUCAGUGCAAGGUCUGUGGUGGAGGAGGAGCGUGCGAGCAUGGUAGACAGCGGUACCAGUGUAGGGACUGCCGAGGAGGUGGGAUAUGCGAGCAUGGGAGGGUGCGGACGCAAUGCCGGGAAUGUGGAGGAGGAAGUAUUUGCCAGCACAACAAGAGACGGUCACGAUGCCGAGAUUGCGGCGGAGGAAGUAUCUGUCAGCACGGACGGGAGCGGAACGCGUGCAAGGACUGCAAGGGAGGGAGUGUAUGUGAGCACAUGAAGCUGCGAUAUCUCUGCAAGGAGUGCGGAGGAGGAGGGAUAUGCGUGCAUGGGCGAUACAAGAGCGCAUGCACUUUGUGUCUCAAGAGCCAAGCCAGACCUGGUCAACCAGAAAGUCAAGGGGAUAAAUGA